AAAGGGGUUGCUGGGCUGAUUCUGUCAUUGUCCGGUCUGUUCGUCCUUGUCCCAUUGUCUCUCUGCUUCUGAACAUCGGGCGAUUCGGCGAACAACUCAAAAGUACUCCCACUUAGCACCAUGAGCUUGAUUACUGACAAUCUUGAACAGUUUGCACUCUUGCUGUAUAAAUAAGCCGGUGUCAAUGCCAACAAUAUGUCAUGUUCUUAACUGACUUGGACGAAACAGUAUUGCACAUCGCACCUCUGACCCACACAGCAGCGAUGACCCAGCCUGAGUUCCGGUACCGUAGUCCGACUUCGUUCACGUACAGGUGCGACCUCUACGGAGGACGGGACCCAGAUCAAGAUCCACACUCCGAGGAACACUCCAUUAUGAAGCUCGUGCUUGGCAAGCUUGGCAUUGGCCUUGCGGCGGCCUUGCUGAUGUGGGUUUCCAUUGUUCUCGUCCAACUCACCUGCUUUUUCGUUAUCGACAUCAUUUUCUUCAUCCUCCGGCUCGCUCUCGAGGGCUCUGUCGGGUUGAUGAUUUUGCUAAUCCUCUGGUGGGUUUGGCUUGAGUAUGUUGAGCUUGACCCUCUAAGGCUGAGGCCGAUAGCUCUCUUCGAGGAGUCUGGGGUGGUAGAUUUCAUCAGAUAGAUGGGAAACACGUCGAGUAAGGUUGGCAGUCCCUCUUCAUCCCCACAAUAGAUUGAGAUUCAUUCUUUGCCAUCGUCCAUACACUUAGAGUUCAAUU